AUGGAAGAAAUCAAUCCAUCAUACAUUCUAUCAGAAGAAUACAGGCCUAAACACGUAAUCACCGAAGGCGAAGGAAUCCCGUUGAUCGAUCUCACUCCGAUAACCAACCGAGAAAUGUCAGCCGGCUCUAACAGUAAGGCAGUGGAAGAGCUUGCCGCUAAGAUAGGGGAGGCUUGCAGGACAUGGGGGUUCUUCACGGUGAUCAACCAUGGCGUGCCUUCGGAUAUUCGGAGAAGAAUUAUGGAGGCGUCGAGGAAGUUCUUCGCGCUGCCGCUGGAGGAGAAGAAGAAGGUGAGCAGAGAGGCUCAUAACACAGCAGGGUUUCAUAACGAUGAGCAUAGCAAAGACUUCAAGGACUGGAAAGAAGUUUAUGAUUUUUAUGUAAAUGAUGGGUGCUAA